GGUUGAGUGUAUAUGAACAAUAACGCGAUCAACAUGGCGCGGCUCGUGUGCGUCGCGCUGCUGCUGCUGAGCGGCGCGACUCCGCACGCGGCGUCCCCCGCCGGGAGAGGCUCUCCGCCGGGCGCAGGCCGGUUCUGGCACAUCACGGACCUCCACCUGGACCCGUCCUACCAGCCGGGCCCGGACCCCACCAAGGUGUGCUCCUCCUCCAGGGGAGAGGCCGCGGCCCACGCCGGCCUCUUCGGGGACUUCCUGUGCGACGCUCCCUACGCGCUCAUCCAGUCUGCCUUCGCCCACAUGGCGCCGCUCACACGGCCCCAGGACUUCAUCAUCUGGACCGGUGACAGUCCCCCUCACGUACCUGCAGACCAGCUCUCCACGGACUCAGUGAUCCGGCUGAUCAGUAACAUGACCCGGACCAUCAGAGACCACUUCCCCAACCUGACGGUCUACCCGGCGCUGGGGAACCACGACUACUGGCCUCAGGACCAGAUGCCGGCCUCGGCCAACGCCGUCUACGCGGCGGUGGCCCGGCUGUGGCGGCCGUGGCUGCGGCCCGCCGCUCUGCUCACGCUCUCUCGAGGGGGCUUCUACUCCCAGCUGGCUCGGCCCGGCCUGCGGGUGCUCAGCCUCAACACCGUCCUCUACUACGGCCCCGACCACGCCACCCACAACCAGACCGACCCCGCCGGGCAGUUCCAGUGGCUGGAGGAGACUCUGGAGGAAGCCGCCCGCAGCCUGGAGAAGGUGUACAUCAUAGCUCACGUGCCGGUGGGCUACCUGCCGUUCGCCAGGAGCGUCCCCGCCCUACGAGAGAGACACAACGAGCGGCUGGUCUCCAUCUUCAGGCGCCACAGUGACGUCAUCGCGGGUCAUUUCUACGGCCACACCCACCGCGACAGCUUCAUGGUGCUGCUGGACCGAGGCGGCAAACCGCUGAGCUCUCUCUUCGUGGCGCCGGCCGUCACGCCGAUCAAACAGGUUCUGGAGCCGUACUCCAACAACCCGGCCGUCCGCGCCUACCUGUACGAUGCCGAGGACUACGGACUCCUGGAUAUCUGGCAGUACUUCUUGAAUCUGACGGAAGCCAACGAGAGCCGGCGUGCGGCGUGGCGUCUGGAGUACACCAUGACGGAGGCCUUCGGGCUGGCCGACCUGCGGCCCGCCGGCCUCCUGCGGCUCGCCCGGAGCUUCGCGGCGCCGGGCGCCGAGUCCUUCGCCGUGUACUUCCGUCACUACGCGGUGGCGUACGACGGCGCCGCGGCGUGCGAGGGCGACUGCAAGCUCAGCCAGGUGUGUGCGGCGCUGCACCUGGACGGGCCGGCCUACUCCCAGUGUGUGGUGGGGGGGUGGAGGAGGGGAGGUCGUUUUUAAGGGGUUAUUUUUAAGGGUUAUUUUUAAGAGGUCCUUUUUUCUGGGUUUUUAUUUGAGGGUUCUUUUUAAGGGGUUUUAUUGUCAAUUAAUCAAACUUUAUUUGUAUAUAUAUUAUAUAAUUUGGUAGCGUAAAUACAAAAUAAUACAUUAUUAAUGAAAUAGCAGUACAAUUCAAUAAAGCUGUACAGCUUAAAUACAAUAAAUAUGUGAUCAACUUUAAUGAAUCAAACCUUUUAAACUUUUACUGAAAUAAAAAUGUAAAGUUGAAAGUCACUUUUUUAUUUUAUUUACUGAAGAGGAUGUAAAUCUGUUUUAAGUCUUUAUCUGUUUGUUGGUUCCUUCAUAAAUCUGAUAUUUGUGUU